AUGGACAUAAAUUGUAAUGAAACUGGUAAUACAUCAACAGACUCUUUACAACAUAAUAAAAACUAUCCAAUCGAAGACACUGACCUGUUCAGUCUACGUGAAAAGUGUACUUCAACAAAGUAUGAAGAAUACAAUCACAAUAAUGAAUUAAUUGAUAUAUCAUCAUUUAGUGAACCAAAUAAUAUGAACAUGCAGCGUUCAUAUCACGAUGAAAUACAACGUAGUCAACCAUUAUGUAACAAAACAGAAAAUUCACAAAUUAAUAACAAUAUAUCUGCACAAUCUACAGAAAACAGUAUUCAUUCAAUAGUUUCAUCUCUUAAAGAUAAAUCAGAUAUACCUUUACUACCAAUAAAUCAAUUUACUGCUCCACCUUCAGUUCAGUCAACUACAGGAAUAAAUGACAUCUAUAAUUUUUCAUCAUUACUUUCCAAUUCCACUCUAUGGUUAUCUCAUUUAAUGAAAAAUAGUCAACUGUCGAUGCCGCCUUCAAUAAAUUCAGUCAUAUGGUCAAAUACUAGUCCACAUGUUAAUCAUUUCACAGAAGAAAUGACAAAUUUUAAUUGGCAUUUAGAUUCUAAAAAUGGUAAAAGAGUAACAAAAAGUGAUAACUAUGGUAUUACGUUUUCAAAUGAUGGUUUUCAACCAUUUUCUAAUAGAACAUUUGAUCCGACAAUGAUUAACAAACAAUCAACACAAGCAGAUCUUGCAGUCCAACAUCUGAAUUUAACUGAACAAAGCAUAUAUGACCGUAUAGAUGCAUAUAAAUUACCCAAACCUGACUCAACUUCAGAACAAGUUUUAACUGAUGGAAUAAAUGAAUUAACAUCAAAAUUUCGUGAUAUUAAACGUGUCAGUCAUAAUGGAUUGUAUUGUAUUGUUUGUGGUGACAUCAGCAGUGGAAAACAUUAUGGUAUUUUAGCGUGUAAUGGUUGUAGUGGUUUUUUUAAACGAUCUGUCAGGCGAAAACUUAUAUACAGAUGUCAAGCUGGUAAUGGUUUAUGUAUUAUUGACAAAGCUCACAGAAACCAGUGUCAAGCAUGUAGAAUGAAAAAAUGUAUUCGUAUGGGUAUGAAUAAAGAUGCCGUUCAGAAUGAACGCCAACCAAGGAAGAGUUCACACUUUACCGCUCAAGGUAAUUCAACAUCACCUAAGCGUCAAGCACUAGAGAUAUCGCAUUCGCCAAAUGACAAAUCAUUUAUUUCAGAAUCUGCUAAUAGCGAACUGACGAACGAUAAGUCGUUUGGAGAAUCAGUUAGCGUACCUAAAGAUAGUUCAAACCAUAGUGCUUCUGACUAUACACUACUCAAUGAAAACAACCUAUCGGAAGGUGUUAACACUUUUGAAAACAUUUUUGCAAACGAAUCAGAGUGGAUUCAAAAACACCGUUUAAGGCAACACAGUCAUAUGUUAAAACGUUCAAACUCAUUACACCACAGAAGGUUAUCAAAUAGAAAGUUCACUAAUAAGAUAGGAGCUUUCAAUGAACCGAAAUUUGUUGACACAACUAAACUCCACCAUUAUCUAAUGGGAAACAAUUUACCUUUAUGCUUUACUAAUGCUCAACCAAAUACAAUUUCAUCCACCACUGAAAACUCAAACAACUUUUGCUUCAUCCCAUCUGCUUCUGUAAUACACGAUACGACUAAUUAUCAUCCAUUUUAUAUGAACCAGUUUCAAACAAUUAAUUUACCAACAUCAAAGCCAACGAGCACAACCUCAGUUAACCUGGACCAUAGAACCCCUAGACCUUCAUCGUCUUCUUAUUCAGAUGUAAAAAUGCAAAAAUUUUAUUUACAUUUAUUAAAUAUUUUCAAUUUAUCUAAUAACCUCGAAGUUACAAAUGGAGAAAUCCUAAGUUCAAGCAGAAAUGAUACAACUGAUGGUGUGGCACGAAAGAAUUUGGAAUAUACAAACAACUUACCAGAAAGUAAACGUCAGCAAACUUCAGAAAAUCUCACUAGUCACAUGGAAAAAAAUCAGCAUAAACAAUUACAAAACUCUUGUAAUCGAACAAACUCUAAAUGUCAAUUCACGGAAAACUUUUGGAAUUUAUUCAUAGAUUUAUGUGAAGAAUAUCGAAAUAUUCAACCUGAUAUCACUGAGUUGAAUUUAUUGAAAAUGAUUCUUCUCUUCAAUGUGGAUCCAUUAGAAAUAUCCAGAACUGAAAGUAUUGAUUAUAUUCAAAAACAAUUAAGAUUACAAUUAACCCAAUAUGAAUGGAUUACUCAUCCAAAUAAUAUAUCAAGAUGUAAUCACCUUCUACUAUUGAAUGCAUCAAUACAAAAACUGGAUAAAACAAUAUUUAAAGAGAACAUUUUUGUUCAAAACACAUCUGAUAGUUAA